AUGUUCGAAUUUGCUAGACUGAAGGCGGAGAUCGGGAAGACACAAAUCGUCGGGGCGGGUAUUGUCGCGUUGUUGGUUGUGUUGACCGUUGUAGUCAACGCAUUCCCAACACACAAAAUGGACAUUCCAAACGACAACAACAAUUACAACUUCAACCACACAUUCAGGAAAAGCACUUUUCCGUUUCUGAUUUGUUGUAUUCUCUUUUGGGGUAUUAACAUCGUGUUCAUUGUGUAUUUUGCAAAGAAGCGCAACUCAACUAAGUACCUCAUCAACGUGUUACUUCUGUUCGCAUUCUCCGUUGCGCUGAAUCGAUUUGCAACGGAUGCAUUCAAGAAGUUUGCUGGGCGCCCUCGGCCAAAUCAAUUUUCUCUCGAGUCCAACGGUAAAGCAGGGCAACUAUAUUUAAGUUUUCCAAGUGGUCACUCUUCAAUGGUGUUCAACGCGUCAGCAUUUCUCUUUUUGUUACUGUGUGGCGAGUUCAAAAUAUUUGGAGGUGAAGGGAGUUUAAUGGGGUUGUUUGCAUGUGGACUGCCUCUCUUGUUUGCUGGUGUUGUUGCAGUCUCACGAACGCGCGACUUUUAUCACCAUUAUGAGGAUAUCGUCGCUGGUUUGUUGAUUGGAUGCAUCAUAUCGAUUGUGUGCUACUUCUCGAGAUUUGAGUCGUUAAGUGGGCAAUAUUGUGGCGAAAUUGAAAAAGAAGAGGAUGCCGAAGGAGAUAAUUACAUUGUCUGA